AUGCAAUUACUAUCAUUCAGAAAGCAAACCAAUCAUAAACGCGUACCACUGGAUGACCAAUCAAGACAGUUACAGAUUUGUGAUUGGUUAAGGCAUGCACUAUUUAUUGCGGUCAUUAGCACAUUUCAUCCGCGUUUGGCCACUGAGAUGGAGUCGAUAAUUCCGUUUUGUCUGCUGUUCUUCGCUUUAAUUCUGGUCUCAAAUACGGCCACUGGUUUUCCUGAAUCCGAGCUCACAGUCUGCGUUAUUGCCACCAAACUGAGUGAUGGUUCUUACGAUUUCUCUCUGGAAUCGGGUGACAAUUUGAAAUAUAUUCCCAGUUACGAUUUCCUGAUUCCAGCCGCUGCUUGGUUUAACAAUUCUCUAGAUGAUUUAGGAAUGAGUUUUCAGACGAUCAAAUCUUCGGGUGAAUUCGAUGACACCAUACAGGCCUAUUGGGCAGGAUUUCUUGAACUCUAUACCUCGAGAGAAAUGACUCAAGCUCAUUUAGAGAAUACAUUUGGUGGAUUCUGCGAGGACAAUUCAACCUCAUGUCAAACUCUCAGACGGCAAAUAGAACGCAACUUGGAAAUGACAAUCAAACGCAGUCUCGAAUCCGGAGAUAUCGAUCCGUUCUGGCAUCAGAUGGAAUUGAUGCUAUGGCAAAUGCGUGGAAUUCAAGAUGCGUGGAACAAUAUCACUCUAAAAAACUCCAAAUCACUUACACAAGACUACCUUCUUGGACUACUGGACAAUGUCUUUGAUAUUUACCUCCUUCAAUUGAAUGCAGAUAUUGGGGAGAUCACGGAAGCUCUCGGUGUCUAUGACGACCUUAAAGAGGGUCCAAAUGGAAAGUCCUACUUCUUGUCUCGAGCUAGCUGCUCAGCUCUCGUCAAAAUUUUCCCAGAGCAAAAGGAUAUUUUUAUCUCACACAACACUUGGCAGGGAUAUGAGAGUAUGCUGAAAGUUAUGAAGUACUACGAAUUCGACUGGCAUCUCACUCGUAGUCCUUAUUCGCCAAAAAUACCUGGGGAUAGGAUGCUGUUCUCAUCAUAUCCUUCCACAAUCUGCUCGUUGGAUGACUUCAAUGUUUUAAACACUGGGCUGGUCACACAAGAGACUACGAACACAAUUAAAAAUCCCAAUCUGUGGCCAUUUGUUCGACACGGAUUAAAUAGUUCUUUGCUUGAAGUUUACCGCAUUAUGAUCGCCAAUCGACUAGCACGAACUCCCAGUGAAUGGAUCUCAUUCUUUUCACGAGCAAACGGUGGAACGUAUGUGCCUAUUUUCCUUUCCAUGAGGCUAAAUUAUCCCAUUUGA